UUUGCCAUUUAAAUACGAUUUAUAAUCAUUUAAUUUCGUUAGUUUUAAUUAAAUGUUAUAUUAUAUAUAAUACAAACAAUCUGUGGAAAUAGUGUCAGCUAUCUACGCGCUUAACAUUUUAAUACUCAAAAAAACAUGGCGGCGUCCUUGAGCAGCACAGCGAGCGUGAAGCUGCUGAGUACUUUAUUCAGGUCCGGCUCUCUAAGCAGCUCCUCCGGAAGCAGAGCCCUCCAUGUCACCACAGUGUGCUGCAAGAAUCGAGCAGCUCGUGCCCGAGUGGGGAAAGGAGACAAACCGUUGACGUACGAGCGAGCUCUUCCACCUCAUCAGAUCGGCCACCGCAAAGGAUGGCUGUCCCAGCACACCAGUAACCUGAGAGGACAGGAGGGCGCCGCUGAGCGGACCAUAGAGGACGUGUUCGUGAGGCGCUUCAUGUUCGGGACCUUCCACGGCUGCCUGGCCAAUGAGAUCGUGAUCAAAAGGCGCGGCAACGUGCUCGUAGUGUGUGCUUUAAUGCUGCAGAAGUUACCGCCGCAGAAGUUUUACUUCUUAAUAGGCUAUUCGGAGUCAUUGCUGUCGCACUUCUACAAAUGUCCCGUCAAGUUAGAGGUUCAGACCCUGCAGGAUAAAGCUGUGUACAAGUACCUCUGAGGGAACCGUGUACUAGUAACAUGGUAUGUUUCUGUGUACCGCCGGAUGGAUUUUGCUCUUGUAUAAAACUCACUUUGUUCCUGUCAUUUGAUUUUCAGCCUCGUUGCUUUUGUGAAUAAAACUCUCAGAAUUAAAGAAAAGUGUUAAUUAAACAUGAUGCCUGGAAGUCUUUAACAAAUGUAGAAACUACAAGGUUUAAUACACCGUAUGCACGUAUAUACUGCAGCUCCAGACCACUAUGUUUCUCUUAUUUACAUUUGGGAAUGUCAAGGUGUCAUCCUU